AUGACCGGUAACUGCACGCGGGAGUGCACGGAGUUCGGCCACUCAGACUCGUGCUGGAUGCCCGGCCAGCCCCCCUCCUCUCCGGGUCGCAAAGCUCCUCUGCACUCGCACUCGCACACCCUGCCCAACCCCAAGACCCAGGCCAAGCUGUCCACCUUCGUGCCUUACCACGCCGACGCCGAGUCCGCCGGCACUCUGUGUAACGGCAGCGCGCAGACCGCCAAAGACGAGCGUGGCGCCGGGACGCUGGAGCGCGGGAGCAAGAUGGCCAACAUGCGCUUCAUGACGCCCUACAACAACAGUGCCUACACCACCACCAGCGCGGCGGGCGACGUCACCAGCCCCGGCGCCAAGAAGGAGCCCGCCGCCGUGCCCAGCCAGGAGUACCACCACCCCAGCCACUCCACGGCCGCGGGGCAGACGGCGGCCAAGCGAGAGAUCUACCUGUAA